AAAAUUGUCCCAGGCAAAAGGGAAGGACUUUCAGUUGUCUUGUCUCCGAAAAAACAUGGGAACUCUAUCAUCUCUGUUCCCCCUCUCACUGUCUGCUGUCCCAAUACCUCUCAAUAACUUUGCCCCGAAAACCCACCUUAUUUUCUUUGCUGCUUCCACUUCAAAGCUUCGAUCCAAAACAGUGGCCUUCGGGGGGAAUCCACCCGACCCCAAACAGAAAGAAUAUCUAUUCUUGGACGAAAACGGUGUCGUCGAAGACAUGGAUGGUUAUCUUAACAACCUCUCUCUCGAGUACGAGUCAGUUUGGGACACUAAGCCUUCAUGGUGUCAGCCAUGGACGAUUACCCUUACUGGAUUGUUGGUGAUUGCCUGUAGUUGGCUAAUUUUACAUUCACUUGUGGUCACAGCUUUUGCUACAUUGGGGAUAUGCACAUGGUGGUACAUCUUUCUAUAUUCUUAUCCUAAGGCUUAUAUGGAAAUGAUAGCCGAGCGACGAGAGAGGGUGGAGAAUGGUGUAGAAGAUACAUUUGGAAUGAGCAAGAAUCAAUGAUUCCGCAGAUUCUCUGCUUGUAUGUACGUAGAUGUUCCAUUUAUGGUUUAUUGAAUCAAGGUGCUAGUUAACAUCAA